AUGUUAAAUUGUUUACGCAUUUCAUCCUGUUUGCUCCGGAGCGGACCGAAUGGGUGCAGUAAAUUUGCGGCAUUUAAAACACUCGGCCCCCCAGCGAGGUCGUUUGCGAGCGGCACGCUUCUAGUCAAAUCCGGAUCUUCGCCUGGUGGAGGCAUUCUGCUCCGUGAUGCAACGAAGUCCGGUGGUCUGCUAUCGGGCGGGAGGACACUCCGCGCUUGUAUCAGCCGAUACUGCACCAAAUCGAACCCACCCGAGAAGGGCAGCAAAGCGGUGGGAUACUGGCUUCUCGGAUGCACCGGGAUGGUUUUCGUGGCCGUUGUGCUAGGCGGAGUGACUCGGUUAACCGAAUCGGGCCUUUCGAUGGUCACCUGGAAAUUGCUUGGUGAGAAGAUGCCCCGAACGAACAGCGAAUGGGCCGAGGAGUUCGAAAAGUACCAACAGUUUCCGGAAUUCAAACUGAAAAAUAAAGGCAUGACUCUGCAGGAUUUUAAAAUGAUCUGGUACAUGGAGUACGGUCACCGUAUGUGGGGCCGAGCCAUCGGAGCGUUCUACGCCCUGCCCGCGAUCUACUUCUGGACCAAAGGAUACUUUGCGCGCCCCAUGAAAGUGCGGGUGCUCGCGUUCGGCGCACUGAUCGGACUGCAGGGUCUGAUGGGCUGGUACAUGGUUAAGUCCGGCCUCGAGGAUCGGUUCCACGAAGAGAGCGAUGUGCCACGGGUCUCACAGUACCGAUUGGCUACCCAUCUCGGGUUCGCGUUCGUACUGUACGCCCUGUUCCUUUGGUCAGCACUCGACAAGCUACUGCCGGCACAAAAACUGAUCGGCCAAAUCCCGGCCGCCACAUUCCGCUUUAAGGGACUCGCACACGCCACGAAAGCAGCCGUCUUUUUCACCGCACUAUCCGGAGCGUUCGUAGCCGGACUGGACGCAGGUCUGAUCUACAACUCGUUCCCGAAGAUGGCCGACCGCUGGAUACCGAGCGACAUUCUGGCCCUCUCGCCGACGCUGCGCAACUUUACCGAGAACCCAACCACGGUUCAGUUCGAUCAUCGGGUGCUCGGAACGGCUACCUUAACGCUGAUCACCGGGAUGUUUUUGAUAUCACGCCAACGGGUGCUGCCGCCGCGUGCCUACCGUGCAGCCACGGCUGUGGCCGCCAUGGGCUGGCUACAGGUUGUACUGGGGAUCACCACACUCCUAACGUACGUGCCCGUUCCGCUGGCUGCCAGCCACCAGUCCGGUUCGUUGAUACUGCUCUCGAUGGCCAUCUGGUUAACGCACGAGUUGAAGCUUGUCAAGCGGUUACCGAAAUAA